AUGACUACGAAAGACGGCAAACACACGCCGACGACCGAUGAGCUGCUGGCUCAGUUUGACGACCUGAGCGUCGAGACAGUCAGCGCCAAACCACCGCAGCCAGGCAAGCAGGGAGGCGUCGAGGACGAUGUGUUAGAUGAAUUUCAGAAUCUAGUCUCCCAGAGGCCCUCGAGUCGUCCUGCAACACCCCAGGUUUCAUCGACCCCGACCAAGUCGCCGAAACCGUCAGCGGCUGCAGCUACACCGACUACUGACAGGUCCAGCGAGGACAAGAUACAGACCAGAAAGUCAGGGGAUAGCACAAGGGCAUACCACAGGAGCAUCACGCCCUUGUCAGAGAUACAGAACACACCACCGAGCCCGGCACCACAACCACAGGCCAGCAGCGCCAGCGGCGGCGGCGGCGGGUGGUGGGGUGGUCUCUUUGCUACGGCUACUGCAGCCGUCAAGCAAGCUGAGGCAGCCGUGCAGGAGAUUCGAAACAACGAAGAUGCUCAGAAAUGGGCGGACCAGGUCCGUGGUAAUGUUGGCGCUCUCAGAGGACUCGGAGGUGAGCUACGCACCCUCGCACUUCCAACGGUUACAUCCCUUCUCCAUACACUGGCACCUCCAAUAUCAACUCAUGAACGUCUCCAAAUCCAUAUCACGCAUGAUCUCCAAGGCUAUCCUGCUCUAGACCCCCUCAUAUACAAUGUGUUUUCCCGAGUCAUGGCCCAAGUCGAAGGAGGCGACCUACUCGUCAUCCAACGCGGCCAGGAAGCUGCUCCAAAACGUGGUGAGGGUGCUGGUACCACUCAGUAUAGCUCAGCAGGCUGGAACGAUGGGCCAUGGUGGCGCUAUACUUCCCCAGGAGCAGGCCGUUCGAUCUCCGCGAUCAAGGGUACUAUGGUAGCCAGCAAACUUGCGCGAGCUAGUGCGGAGUCCUAUGCAAAUGACUUCUUCGCUACUCGCGGUGGCAUAGAAGAAGCUACUCGUCAAGCCUCCGAAAUCAUUUCCGACACCAACCCUGUCAGGAACAGUGAUAUCUUCCUCGCCAUCCAAGCCAUCAACCAGCCUGUAUCAAAUGAUCUCUUCCAGGCCGGUGCUGGGCCCAGCGGAGAAAGCGACAAACCGGCCAGCGGCGUCGUGGAGGCUGAGCAAGAAACUGAGGAAGAAGUGUCCUUCGCCGUUUACCUGCAUGAUCCUAUCCACGGCAUUGCUUUCCAUACCAUCUCCCAGUCUCUUCCGCAGAAGUGGAUCGAUUGGCUCGACGCUCCUGCCCCUGACGCCUCCUCCGCGGACCAAACCCCAGCCUCUCAAGAAAUGCAAUCAACUGUUCCAGAAGCCAUUGCGGAAAUCAUUGAGAGUGGAGGUGUCGAUCCACGUGAGUGGGUAGCUGAAUGGGUUGAAGAUGCAAUUACUUUGGCUGUAGGCGUCGUUGCUCAACGUUACGUGGCCAGGAGAAUGGGUGUCGGUGCCGGUGGUGUCAACAAGGGAAAGAUGAAGGCCGAGCAGGCGACUGUUGUUGAAAGCGGAGCCGGGGAGGUUGCAAGAGCUAUCUAG